UGCCAUAUUGAAAUUCUUAUAAGAGAAUAUUACUACACGUCGAUAAUUUAACAAUUGAGAGAAUUUAAUUCCAGUUCUAAUAAAAUUGAUUGACUGAAAACCACAAAGUAUUAUAACAAUACUAUUAGCGUGUUAAAAACUAAAUCAUAAUUGGAACAAGUGUUUAAUUUAAACAAACAGCUCCGCUAAAAUGGGUUUAACAAUUUCUAGUUUGCUGACACGUCUUUUCGGAAAGAAGCAAAUGCGUAUUUUGAUGGUUGGUUUAGAUGCUGCUGGUAAAACCACCAUUCUAUAUAAAUUAAAACUGGGGGAGAUUGUCACGACCAUUCCAACUAUUGGUUUUAACGUUGAGACCGUUGAAUAUAAAAAUAUUUGUUUCACCGUUUGGGACGUCGGUGGUCAGGACAAAAUUAGGCCACUAUGGCGCCAUUACUUCCAAAACACACAAGGCCUAAUAUUUGUGGUGGACUCAAAUGAUCGUGAUCGCAUAAAUGAAGCUGAAAAAGAACUACAGAAUAUGUUACAAGAAGACGAACUUCGUGAUGCUGUAUUGCUGGUUUUCGCUAAUAAACAGGACUUGCCAAAUGCUAUGAGUGCUGCUGAAUUGACCGACAAACUAAGACUUAAUCAACUUCGAAAUCGUCAUUGGUAUAUUCAAGCAGCGUGUGCUACUCAGGGCAAUGGGCUUUAUGAAGGUCUUGACUGGUUGUCGGCGGAAUUAGCUAAAAAAUGAUAAACAAGUGCCCUAAAAUGUUUUUUAUUUAUUAAUUACGUGAUUUCAACUUAUAAGGGUAUAAAGCGAAAAAACUUGUUUGGGAUGAAUUCUUAAUAAUUUUAUAAAUAUUAAAACCAAAUUAAUUAGAUUGUACACAUUCUAUAAUAAAAAUACUUUCGCUUCUCA